CCGUCAGCAGCUUCAGCGGGUGUCCGUGCGCCUUGCAUGUGCACAGAGCGCGACUCUCCAAUAAGGAGCAAAAAUGAGUUAGAAGGCAGCACCCAGCGACGGCUCUCAUAUGCGGGUGGUCAUUUGGCCCCUGCACAUUCACCGAAUUCCAAUACCUACUGGCCUGUUAAAUAAUUAGUCCACUUGGAAGGUUUCACCCUGCGCGCUCUGGAAGCCGAAGUGUCCGCUGCGACUCAUUCCGUUGGAUUGGACCUACAUAAACUACUGCGCCUCGCGUCUCUGCUUGGAAAUACGCCACUUCGAGAAAGAGGAGAAGAGUGCACUCUCGGGAGGUUGGAUGACAUGUUCUGUUUAGCUCAAGUUCGGCUGCUCAUAAUUGUGCGUGUGUGUACAUUUCUGGCGAUCAUCCUCACCUAAAAAAAAGUCCUUUGCCAAUGUCGUCGCGUUUUUGCGAAGAACCGAACCUAACUUCACGGUCCUGUAAGGGGAUUUUGAGGAGACUAGCCAGGGACCACAAAACUUACAGAAAAAGCAAGACUCAUCCAGAGUGCAGGGAGAAUGACGAGUCACCGGGGCCGGGGGAAGCAGCAUGAGUGGCCCGUGCAUCUCCACUAGACUGACGGCCCUCAUGUUUCUAUGGAAGUGGUUAACACUAAGCCUGCUCCAGAGCUGGGUGACACUAGGGGCCGGAGCAGCGGACCAUGCUGGGGCUGGCUUCGGGGGCUCAGGUGGGCAACUGGGCUGGCUCCUGUCAGACAAGGGACCCUUUCACCACUCCCAGGAGUUUGUUGAUUUCACAGAGCGCUACCAUCAAGGAUUCACUACCAAGUACAAAAUAUACAGGGAAUUUGGCCGCUGGAAGGUGAACAGCUUGGCCCUGGAGAGACAAGAGAACAAUGGCUUUUCCUUGCCACUGGACCCCGAGUUCCUCCAGACCAUUAGGCAGCUGGGCAGGAGGCCUUGUAUCAGCUCCAUCACUGACAACAUUAUCAGGAAAUACGGAACCCACUUCCUGCUCUCCGCUACACUGGGAGGGGAAGAGUCGUUAAUGAUCUUUGUGGACAAGCGGAAGUUGAGUCGGACGUCUGAAGUGAGCGAAUCCAAUGGCACAGCUGUGACUUUGGAGGCUCUGCACCAGCUGGCUGCCUCCUACUUCAUUGACCGGGAGAGCACCCUGCACAAGCUGCACCACAUUCAGAUCGCCUCCACUGCCAUCAAGGUGACCGAAACAAGGACGGGCCCUCUUGGAUGCAGUAACUAUGACAACCUUGACUCUGUCAGCUCCGUUUUGGUUCAGAGCCCUGAAAACAAGAUUCAUUUGCAAGGCCUUCAAGCCAUUCUGCCCGAGUACCUGAAGCCAAGGUUUGUGCAGGCAGCUCUCAGCUACAUCGGAUGUAAUGAGGAGGGCCAGUUUGUGUGCCGGGACAAUGACUGUUGGUGCCACUGCGCCGUGGACUACCCGCAGUGUAAUUGCCCGGAGGUGGCUCUGAGAGCUAUGGAAGCCAGUGUGCUGAAAAUCCGAGAUUCCUGGAACAUGGCCAACCAAGAUUUCGAGGAGUCAGAUGAGUUUCAGAACUUCGUCCGAAGGCUUCCCACGUUCUACGCCCUGAACGCAACCGCCAUCCAAUACUUCUGGAAGGCAGAGCCGACCAUCCACCAGCGUUACAAACAGCUAGAGCUCAGCACCAAGCAGCUCCUGAGCAAAGCCCGACGCAUCAUCAGCAAGCUUUUCGCCCUCAGCAAGAGGUGUCAAACUCAGCCCAAAAUCAUUAUGCUGAGGGAGAGGCCCUUCAGCUACUGGCUGAACUACAUCCUCUCCAUCAUGUACUGCAGUGAGAACAACCACAUUGGCUCCUACCUGGAGGAUACCCGGAGUUGCUCCUGUCCCUACGAGCACCCCCCCUGCCAGGGUGUGAUCCCCUGCACGGUGGGCGAAGGCACAUCCUGUGCCUCCUGCUCCUACGAGAACCGCUCCCGCUGCGCCACCUGUAACCAGGGUUACAUGCUGAGUCAGGGCUUGUGCCGCAACGAAGUACCUGACUCCACGGAUCACUACAUCGGCUUCGAGACGGACCUACAGGACCUGGAGCUGCGCUACCUUCUGCAGAGACGUGACAACCGCAUCAGCAUCCACGGGAUCUUUGUCAGCAACGAUGUCAGGCUGAAUAACUGGUUUGACCCAUCAUGGCGGAAGAGGAUGCUGCUGACGCUGAAAAGUAAUAAAUAUAAGUCAAACCAUGUCCACAUGCUCCUGGGGAUGUCUUUACAGAUCUGCCUUACCAAGAACAGCACUCUGGACCCCUUGCUGUCUGUGUAUAUCAAUCCGUUUGGGGGGAGCCAUUCAGAGAGUUGGAUCAUGCCCACUGAACAGGACAACUACCCAGACUGGGAAAGGACUAAAUUAGACCUUCCCUAUGACUGCUACAACUGGACUUUGACUUUGGGCAACAAGUGGAAAACAUUUUUUGAGACAGUCCACUUUUACCUGCGCAGCCGGAUUAGAGGGCCCUCGAGUAGUGGGAAUGGAACUGUAUAUUAUGAACCCUUGGAGUACAUGGAACCGGGGAAAAAUCUUGGCUACAUGAAGAUAAACAGCAUCCAGGUGUAUGGCUAUAGUAUGCAUUUUGACCCAGAUGCGAUCCAGGACUUGAUUUUACAGCUUGACUACCCAUAUACUCAGGGAUCGCAGGACUCGGCCCUGCUGCAGCUGCUUGAGAUCCGGGACAGGGUCAACAGGCUCUCCCCGCCCGGAGCUCAGCCUCUGGACCUUUUCUCCUGUCUGCUGCGCCACCGGCUCAAACUGUCCACCACGGACGUUGCCAGGAUCCAGGCAGCGCUGCAGACUUUCAGUGCCAAGCAGCCCAACUCGUUGGAAUACGAAACUACCAAAUUAUGUAGCUAAUAAGUGGGCAGGAGGCCAGGUGCACAGAUGGCGGAGAAGUUAUCACACAGGCAUGAUGACGGUUAAGAGCAAUUCUGGAGCCGAGGAAGGGACAUUUGGGGGACAUUUUUGUUGUUUUCAUGGAUCUCAAGAGCGCAUUUUAGAUCCUCAUGUCAGCUUUCGUAUAAAUUUGUACAACAUUGUAGAUUUAAGGAGCACCAAAUUUGCCUCAUGCUGUAGCUUUUUUCCGUUCCUCUACGGAUGAAAAUAAUAACUUUGACAGUCGAUAGUAUAAGUUUAAAUCUCUGCCAUCACUGAUAUGUUGCCAGUGUGAUGACGUUUGUAGGUUGCACAAAUUGAAAUCGCUCACGUAAGUAAACAAAAGCUUUUGCUGAAGUAUUACCCAAGCAAUGUAAGCAUCUCACAGAUAUAAACAUCUCAACACCAGCAUGUUUUUUUGUUUGUACUUUUCUCAUCACAUUUACUUCCCCCUCAGUACAAAGAUAAACAUAUAUCCUUGUUUUACUACCAUGGACCUCCCUUAUAACCUGGCACAUGAUGGGCACCUCAUUGUUUUUAGCUUUCCAUUCGACAAUAAACUCAUUUUUUAAAACUGUAAUACACAUUUUUGUAAGAAAAUGACAAACAACAACUCAAUAAACAAACAAAUAGACAAUGUAUUAUUCCAGAUUUGCUGAUAAAAACGACACCAUGAUCACAGUAUAUGUUACAUGUGCUUUUAUUUUUAUAAUGCUGUUGUUUGUGACAAAGUAAAAAAAAAACUAAAAAAAAACAGUGUCUA